CCAUGCUUGGGAGCCCAGUGAAGUCGACUGCCGCCCCCACCUCCUGUCCCAAAGCGACCUCUCCGCAAGCCCAACCCACAACAGGGCGGAACGCGAAAUUAUAGGUAUAACACUUGUUAACGCCUAAAACCUGCAAACUAACCAAUCGCAGAGCAGCGUCGGACAGCGUCCCGCCCCUCAUUGUUGGCUCGGCCAAUGGGAAGGGAGCCAGCCACAGAGAUCGAUAGCGACUCUGCAACAGUGAGAGGCGAGUCGCAUCGUCUCCUCACUCACCGCCGGUUUCAACGUAAACUGGCGAGACGGUACUUGAGUCAACAUGACGCCGGGAUUGCUGACGAGAUAGCCGUUAACGAGGCACCGGGGAGGCCGCUGUAGGCGAGGAAGACUCACAAGAGGUUACUCCCACCAGCAUGCUACCAUUAACAUUAGGCACAACGAGGAGGAUGUUGUGGUAGUCGGACUCCCCCCGCCAUCCUCAUCUCCCUCGCCCUCCCGAUGACCGGCCCCAACUCCCCGAGCCGGGCGGCCAAGCUGAGCCGGCACAGCCGCUCCAAGAGCUCCAGCGCUCACUGCCUGCUGCGCCGGGCCGCCCAGGAGGAGUCGAGCGAAGGCAGCAGCCCCAACCGCGAGGAGGAGGAAAAAGAUGGAGGGAUGCUCUUCUACGUCAACCGCGCCGGCUUCCCUAUCGAGGGAGCCACCUGGGAGAGGAUGUGGGCCCACGUAGCCGCCGUGCACCCCGAGGGCCAGGAGAUGGUGGACGGGAUACGCAACGCCGCCUACCUGCCCAAGCAUCACGUCCCCCCGCUGCCCACCUUCAAGCCGGCAAUGUCAGUGCCAGACUGGCUAGUGGUGGUCCAGAAUUUCAUGAAGGCUCUCCAAUACAACCACACGGGCACACAGUUCUUUGAGAUCAAGAAGAACCGGCCUUUGUGUGGGUUAAUGGAGACGGCGCGGGCGAUGAUCCGGGAGUCUCUGCCAAUCAAAUGUCUGGAAGCUGUCAUCCUGGGAAUCUACCUGACCAACGGACUGAUGUCCCUGGAGCGCUUCCCAAUCAGCUUCAAGACGCAGUUCUCGGGCCACUGCUUCCACCACGUGGUUCUGGGCGUAUACUGCAACGGCCGCUACGGCUCCCUGGGCAUGAGCCGACGCUCGGACCUCAUGGACAAGCCCCUGACCCACCGGACGCUGGGGGAGCUGGUGGCCGACUUCGAAAGUUCUUACAAGCGAUACCAACACAGCCUCAAAAAGGUGAAGAUCGGCCUGUACGUGCCUCACGACCCUCACGUGUGCCAGGCCAUCGAGUGGAAGUACCUGGUGCUGAACGCCGCCAAAAUGGCCGCUCCGGAGAUGAGGCGCGAACUGGAGAAACACGGACGAGACAUGCGGAUGAAGAUCUUAAAGUCAUCAAGCGCUCAGUCUCCCAUCCACGAGCGGAGCCGCGGCAAGUCUCUGUCGCCGCGCCGCCAGCGCCAGCGCCAGGGCGGCAGCCCGCAGCGACGGCUCCCGCGGGGCAGAGACAAGUCGCCGGCGUGCGUGGACACGAAAGCUCCGGAACUGAGCACACUCAACGACGGCUACCAGAUCCGAAUAUGACUUCACUCUUCGGUCCCGCUCGGAUCCUUUCGGACUUUUCCCAGCUGUCACCACCCCACCCCCACCCCAUCGAUGAGGUCAUCUGUUCCAAAUGCCCAAUACCUUCGACCCCACCAACUUCCAACUUUCUCUUUGGCCGAACGGAAGUCAUAUUUAUGCAAACGGUCCGAUCACGGGAGGCUUCCGAGAGCCAACGAGGAGCACGACGCGAGCACAAAUCUCUGGAUUUCGUUUGUACCGUCUGACCCAAGAAGACGAGGAUAACCCAGAGGUAAUCGAUCACGGAGCCACUGAUGCGGAUGUCGCCUUUCAAGAGCAACAAAAAUCAUAACUUUUAUGUCGAAAAAAAAAAAAAAAAUGAAAUACAAGAUGUGGUGCUGUCCUUCGCUCUUUUGGAUUCAAGUAUUUUUAGGACUGUUGAACGUACCAACUUCAUUAAUUUCUGUAGUUUAAUUCAAAAAGUGAAACUCACAAAUUUUGUAAACAUAAAAAUUUUAGAUUCAAAUUUUUUUAGAAAGCCAAUUCCUAAACACAUUUUUUUAAUGAAAAUUUUUGAUAUCUUGCCAAGCAAUAGCGAGCAUUUUCUUUGCUAGUUAUUGAGUUGGUGAAUUUCAAAAUGAUAAAAAUUAUGGAACAUUUCACUCCUUGUGCUCAAUUACAAUGCAGUAAUCUUGAGUUUCACUUUUUGUUUUUAAGUACUGAAGUAAAUUAAUAAUGUCAACGGGGACGCGCGUGCGUUUCUGUUACAUCGCAUAUUUCUGUACUGCGCUGCACGAGCUGCGCACGUGCGCGUCGGGUCUUCCGACACAAACGCAGCACAUGACCCGAUGUUGGCGAGCCACAAAAGUCAGUUUUGGCGGUCCCGUGUGGGCGUACGUAAAGUUUUGAAAUUGUUGUCAUACGGCAAGUUGUGCAAAAAAAAAAAGUACUGGAACGUUAAGUAUUUUAAGUUUACAGCAGGUCAAAUGCAUUUGACCUGUAAAAGUUGUAGCUAGGAACGAGUGAGUACCGAUACCAGGGAUCGGUAUCGGGGUAUUCGUGAAGCCUGCCGAUACCAGAUACCGAUACGUAAGACAGAAAAAUGUGACACGGGGUUGGUCCUCGCCAUUAGUUGGCGCUGCACGUCAGCGAGAAAAAAAGAAAUGUCUUUGUUUACAACUCCCCGUCAAAAUUGGAUGUAUCCAAAAUACUGGUAACGCUGAGUCCUCGAGGAAAUAUGUACUGGUAUGUCCGGGGGGGGGGGGAAGUGAUAUCGAAGAUCCCUGGCGUGAAAUCUCACUGUAUCACAAACUUUUUCCGUUUUUGCUCGUGGAAUGUUUUUUUUUUUUUUAUAAAUUAUAAUUGACAUUUGAGUGUGAUGGGUUUCGUGUUCCUCUGAAGGUUUUAUUAUUUCAACAAAAACAAUCUAGCAAGUGAACAAGUGGCCUGAUGUUUUAUAUUUACAGUACAUAAAAAUAAUUGAAAAAAAAUGUGUUUUUAAAGGUGAACCAAAAAUUGGUGUGAUGUGUGCGACUUCCGCCUGGAAAAAAAGCAAAGGCUUUUGUAACCAUGGCAACCCAGCCUCCCUCCAGUCAACCGGAAUUGUGACAUCACAAUUUGUUGUGACGGCGAGGCACGGCCUCGUCUUUCGUCAAUAA